UUGAUCUACCACGAGAUUGUAAUGACUAAAACCCUAGAAGUCUAGCCUGUAUGACUAUAUCUUCGUCUUCGGACUAAACCCUUCGGUUUAUAUAGACACAGGAGGGGACUAGGGUUGUACAAAGUCAGUUAUAGAGAAAGAAAUAUUCAUAUUUGGACGCCAAGCUUGCCUUCAACGCCAAGGAGAGUCCCAUACGGACACGGGAGAGAGCCUUCGGUCUUGUAUGUUCACAACCCAUUAGUCCAGCCCAUGUCCAACAAGCCGGACGCCCGAGGACCCCUUAGUCCAGGACUCCCUCAGCAUUAUUUUUACCACGUAUAAUGAACAUCGCUGGUAACUUCAUAUCUCAUUUCCUCACUAAUGGCAACUGGAAUGUGUGUGUUGGAAUAGAGGCCUGAAGUACUGCAAGCCUGGCAAAGAAGCACCGUAAAGUUGUCACUCCCAUGAAACUCCAUGAAUAAUAAUGUAUUUUGGAAAGGAGGCAAAGAUCAAUUUCCAAGUAGGUGGGCAUUGUACAGCAAUGAGUUUACUAAAUUGUACUCCCUAUGUUCCUAAAUAUAAGUCUUUUAAGAGAUCUCGAUAAGAACUACAUACGGAUGCAUAUAGACAUAUUUUAGAGUAUAGAUUCACUCAUUUUGCGAUGUAUAUAUUCGAAAUCUCUCUCUCUCUCUCUCUCUCUCUCUCUCUAAUUCAUUAAUAUAUGUUGCUCCUUUCAGUUCAGGGCCUUCCUUUUCUUGUGCCAGCACACAUGCCACCUACAUAGAAAUGGCUGAAAUACGUGCCAUCACACAUGCCACCUACAUAGAAAUGGCUGAAACACCAUUCUAAGGAAUACAUUACACAUAAGCUUGAUGACACAACUACUGCCAAUGUAAAAUAUUUGUAAGCCUAAUUGAGAACUAUGUCAGAAAAUAAAAUAAAAUUGUCACUAUUGUAUUCUUAUAAAACAAAAUUAUCACUCGUGUUCUUGGUAAACACGAUGAGAUGUAAAAAGUCAAUGAGAUUAUUAGAAGUGAUAAAAAUGGAAAUGCACAAGAAGCGCAACAUAUUAACAAAAAAAUUAGAGCAAGGACUGACAUGACGAUAGGAAAAAUGAAUCAAUUAGGUUAUUAGAAGUGAUAAAAAGAAAUGCACAAGCAAUGCAAAAUACUAAAAAGAAUUCUAGAAGGUUUCACAUGACUAUGGGCAAAUGAUUUUUGCUUUCAGCGAAUUUAUGGAGACAACAUGUGGCUCUGAGCUUGGCAACCUAGCAUGUACUGAAUAUAUCUCUGAAUGACUUACUGCAAGUGUGUGUCAUUAAAGUAACGAAAUUGUUCUUCACAAGCUUGACUCCUGAUAAUCAAGGGCCAAUGCAUCAGACUUAUGCAUAGAAAAGAGACCAAGUUGAUGCAAAACUCUUACAUAUUAUAACACCGCUGCCACUGCAAUUCAGGCAACUCCUUGUGUGCCACCUUGUUCUUCGCCGAAUGCACUUAUUAACAUUACAACACAUAGGCAAGCUAGAAAUCUUUGUAUAGGGGGGAUACCUUCUUCCUACAUGAGAUUAAAAAAAUGUAAAACGAUCCUCGACCAUCGAGGGAAUCAAAUUUCAGAGGACCACCAGGGGCCCCAUCUUGCUGUGACUGGUAGUGAGGAGCAGCCUCAGAGUAGCGUCAUGUAUCAUAAAAAUCAUGCUUUGAGUGAAAACAAACAAACUUGCAUAAUAAUCUGCUACCAACUGCACACUGCAUGUUACUUACAAAGCAAUCUGAAAGAAAAGUAUUUCUUGUUUGAGAACCGAAGAGACAUGCACGCAUAUCAUGGUAUGAAAAGAUAAUAGAGUUGCAAUCUGAUGCAAUCAUCAAGACAGGUUUGAAUGUCGUGAGGAUGGAGUCAGAGCUUCAGGGCCACCUGAAGCGAAGAAGUGCAGUCGUAUUGGAUUUAAUAGGAGCCGGUCAUCAUCACCAUACAGCAAGAGAUGCAAGCAAUUGGUCAUCUUCUCAUGAGAGAAUGAAUGAAUGAGCUUACCACAUCUGAAUCUGUUGUUGCCGCUACAAGUCAGGCUUAUAGCGAUAGAACUUGCAGACCCUGCUAAACGCGAAUGACAGCCCCUUCCACUCUGAACCCAUUGCACAAAUCACAAUUACACCCCACUCCCAUCCGAGAUGCCAGAUGAUGCCGACGGCAAAGGGGUCGUGGCCGUAGAUGAUGAAGCAAAGGUCGGCGCUGACGAAGUCCAUGAAGGCGCCGAAGAUGGCCACUGGGUCCUGCCCUGCCAUGUCGGCAUCGCCGGCGAAGCCAGGAACGCAUGGUUGGCUCUCAUUAAAUCAGAAACAUUGUGUCAGUUAUAAAAGCCAUGCAAAACAUUACUUGAUGAUUCAUUGAACAACAUGAGAGCUAAAACUAAGUUCAAGUGGCAUCUAUUAAAAAAAUAAUGUUCAGUAUUAAUCAUGAAUUGUUAAGCAAAAAGUAAGAAGAGCAUGACAAUGUUAAUAAACAGCGACAGCGAACACACACACACAUGCUCAACAACGUCAGGAAGCACACACAUUAGCAGGAAGCACACACAGCGGUCGGGCACAUCACAUACACAUGCUGGGUACAAACGAACAAUCUUAGUACACAAAAAACAGAGCAAGGAUAAAUAAGUUUGCUUUCUCAAGAAAUAAAUUAGGGUUCAUAGGAACUUCUCAACGUGCUUUUGUUGCACAUUCUCAGAUAAAAUUUGCAGUGACCAUUGCUCUGCUUUGAGACUACAGAAAGCAAACACAAAGCGAACAUACCUGUUCCUCUCGAUUCAGGGCACGCCCUAGCGGCGCUCUUCGCUGGCCGCAACGCCGCCACGCCCUGCUGUUGGGUUAUGCGAUUGCCUCCGUGCCGUCGUCCCAUGGGUCAGGGGGCACACACUUCAGGGGCUGCUCGCUGACAGCAACGCCGCCACGCCCUGGGGUUACGCCGUCAAGCCCUUGUGGCGGUCCGCGCCGUUGUCCCACGAUUCAGGGCCCUCGACCAGGGCACGAUCGAUGGGUCCAACGGAGGCAGCAGACAGUGCGGACGGGCGGCGACGGAGGACAAAGACGGCACGUAGGGUUUGUAGAGAGGAGGAAGACGAUGCGGAGGGACGGCAGUGGAGGAGAAAUCACGUCUUCCCUGUGAAGUCGGCGGCGGCGAUCUCGUGCGCCCUGUGAGGUCUGCGGCGGCGGUUGGCGGCGGCGUUCUCGUGCGCCAUGUGAGGUCCGCGGCGGCGGGAUCGCCCCUCCCCUAUCUCGCACGGGUCGGCGACGUCUCCUCAAGCGGAUUGUCUGUUGGAGGGCGGCAGCGAAGGGAUAGCGCGGCGGCGGCGAAGGGAUGGAGGGCGGCCGUGAACGAGGGCAGUGAGUCGGGCGUGCGAGUGGAGGGCAGGAGAGUCAUGCGUGCGAUUGGUUUAGGUUUUUUUUUGCUGGUUAAUUUUCGUAGGUUUUUUCGUUGGUUAAUUUUCGUAGGUUUUUCCUUUUCCUUUGCUUGUAGAUGGGUGUGACGGGAGGUGCGGUCUUGGACUGCCUGGGCAUCGCGACGUGGUUUUUUUUGGUUUGACGCGGCUAACAGUGAAGUGGAAUGAGGGACGAAAAAAAUCAUGAUAGAUGGAACGAAAAUUAACCGUAGAGACUAUCAACUAAGACAUUGAGAAUAGAGAUUCGACAGCAAAUCUUUCCUUACGCAGAGCCCGAUCGAUCCAAGCCAAAGCAAAAUCAAUCCCAGCAAAGAAUAGAAAGUCCAAAAGAGACGGGCGUUGCGUGUUGGACAUGGACUCACGUAGACGUACAGGAUAGAUCCAUAUUACGCACAAUUCAACUAUGGACUCCUUCGUUUCCCUCUAUCGAUCCCAACAUCUCCGCCUUCCCAGAGCUGAUCGAUCUGCACGCCUGCCGGCCGGCCACAUGGAGGGGACCAACAGCGACGGCAAUGGUAUGUGCUUUUCCUAUGACGUGCUACUUGGCAUCCUCCGCCGCCUCCCGUGCAACGCCAUCGCCAAGUCCCGGCGCGUCUGCCGUGCGUGGCGCGCCCUCGUCGACGCCCACAACCUCCUCCAGCUCCCGACGGUGUUCUUCGACGUGACCAUCGGCGGCGCCCCCGCAGGCCGCAUCGUGAUGAGGCUGUUCGCCAAGGACGUGCCCAAGACGGCGGAGAACUUCCGCGCUCUCUGCACCGGCGAGAAGGGCGUCGGCAAGAGCGGCAAGGCGCUGCACUAUAGGGGCAGCGUGUUCCACCGCGUGAUCCCAGGCUUUAUGUGCCAGGGCGGCGACUUCACCAUGGGCAACGGCCUCGGCGGCGAGUCCAUCUACGGCGACAAGUUCCGCGACGAGAAGUUCGUCCGCAAGCACACGCCCGGGAUGCUCUCCAUGGCCAACGCGGGGCCCAAUACCAACGGCUCCCAGUUCUUCAUCUGCACCGUACCCUGCCCGUGGCUCGACGACAAGGACGUAGUCUUCGGCGAGGUCGUCGAGGGCAUGGACGUCGUCAGGAACAUCGAGAAGGUGGGCUCCCGCAGCGGCAUAUGCACCAAUUCCGUCGUCAUCGCCGACUGCGGCCAGCUCUAGGCCCUGUGCCCUCCCCUAGCCAUUCAUCGUCGUCCCAUGUCACGUCGUUGAUCUAAAAUAAGUUGGUGUGAGUGUCGUGUCUUCCCUUUGUCCGUCCAAUGAGAUCUCCGUCGUUGGUUUAGGAGGGUUUUAGGUGGACUCUUUAGGCUGCUGGAUCUGUGUUCGGCGUCCAUGGUUAUCUUCCAUCAAAUUUUGCAAGCGGCUAAAACAUUUCGUCAAACUCAAAGCCACAAAGUUUCAUAAUUCUUGUUUAUUUUGAUUGCUAUUUUGUUUUACCACCACCAAGCCUUUUUAGGUAUGUAUGUCUAUUUGUAGUGUUGAGGAGGAAAGUACAUUUUAUGCUCUUGUGUCUUGCGUUUGACGAUGAUGUAUAUAUGGGAUCUCCCCCAAGAUGAUUUUUUGUCAAUUCCGGCCCGUAGGAGGAACCAACCACAGCUCUCAUGAUCGAACAGUAUUGCCGAGGUUGCACCUGUCCCAUCAGGGUAAUAGGAAGCAUCAACGUCUAACUUAUAAAAAGACACUGAAGGCCUAGUCCACUUUGCAUCAACAGCUACUGGACGUUGUGAUGCUCUUGCAUGGUUUGAGGCCAGCGACUGUAUUGCAAGUGCUGUAUUUUACUCCUUUCAUGACGUGUGUGCGUUCAUAGGGAUGUGUAUAUGCGUGUGUAUAUAAGCGCUUGCGUUUGUACUAUGUUAAAAAAACAUAUCUAUCUACUUGUCAGAGUCGGCCAGUCUAGAGGCUGUCAUCGUCGUGUUCCUUUGAUUUUAGGGUUGCGUGGGGCUGAGCCUCCACAUAUCUCCAUAUAUAUAUAUAUAUAUAUACAUACUGCAUAUACAUGUCUAUACACGUGAUACUAGACCUAUUUUAACACUCCCCCUUAAUCUGAACUACUACACACAAGGUUCAGAUUGGUCUUGAAACGGUUUAGCAUCUGUUGAGUAGCUGGUUUGGUAAAUACAUCAGCCAGCUGAUCAUUCGUGCAGAUAAACCUGGCCUGCAGAGCACCAGAAGCAACUUGCUCACGCACAAAAUGAAAAUUAAUCUCAAUGUGCUUGGUACGAGCAUGAAAGACUGGAUUUACCGUCAGGUAUGUAGCCCCUAGGUUGUCAGACCACAAAAUGGGAGUACGCUACUGA